ACAAAGUGGAAAUAAAAGUGGUCCGUUGGCUUUCUUAGGACCUUAACCGUCCCCAGAUUGCAACCCAGUUGAUCAGAGGGGACCCUCUUCUCACUCUUCCAAAAUUUCACCCUUCCGUUUCCUUUUUCCUCUCAAAAGAUCUAUCGCCUUUCCUCGGAGUGGACCCUUUUGGCCAUUUCUUGAGUUAGUUAACCUCGUUGGCCGUCCGAUCUUCUAUCCUCCUCCAUUUUUCCCACCGCGAACUCCGGCACUUCCCCUACCAGUCUUUAGAUCGAGUAUUAAAAUGCAAUAUCCGGAAUAUGCAUGGUCAUCCAUCAUCGUUGGUAGAGAACUACCUGCGGGAAGCGGGUUUUUGGCACGUGGCGACGGUAGGCCGGGGAUGUAAGGUGGACCCGAAACUAAUCAGUGCGUUGAUCGAGAGGUGGAGACCCGAGACGCACACAUUCCAUCUUCCAUGUGGAGAGUGCACUAUUACUCUAGAAGAUGUCAGUCUGCAAUUGGGAUUGCCGGUGGACGUGUACCCAGUCACCGGGUCUGCCCAAUCUAGCGAUUGAGGGGUGGUGUGCUACGAGCUUUUGGGCGCUAUUUCAGAGAAAAUGGAGGGAGGUAAGAUCGAGAUGGGCUGGGUACGUGACACAUUCCCUGAUCUGGAUGAAGAUUCAACCGAAAUUGAAAGAAUCCGAUAUGCUCGGGAAUACAUUCUUCAAUUAAUUGGAGGUUAUAUGAUGCCCGACACGUCAUGGAGCUGCGUACAACUAAGAUGGCUGCUGAAACUCAUUGAUUUUAGAGGAGCUGGUGAAUUGAGUUGAGGGUCUGCCGUCUUGGCAACGUUAUAUCGGGAGAUGUACGGGGCGACGCGACCGAGGAGAGUAAAAAUCAAAGGUUGCCUGUCACUACUGCAGUCAUGGGAACGGUUUCGCUUUCCAUUUCUACGUCCUCGAGUGGACCACCCAUAUACAUUCUCACUCAUAACGAGGUGGGAACCAUCCGGCAAGUCAUGCUCGAUUACCUACCUCUCUUGAAGAUAUACGACUUCUAUUGGACCAACGGUCGGAAGCACAAAGUUUCAAUGGACACCAUACUGGGAUCCGACAAUUCAGGUAGUAAUUCCGGAAGAGUUCUUACAAAAUCCACAAGCUUGGCACGUGAAAGUCGUGUUGAUCAACUACGCAACCGUGGAGUUUAUUUGAUCAAUCCACAAGUUUAUUUGAUUCAACCGUGGAGCCGCACCAGUCAAAAAGAGUGCUACGACAGUUUGGAUGUAGACAACCGAUUCCCGUAGAUCCUGAGGUGUUUGACGAUCAACAAAAAGUGGGCCUUCGGUAAUUGAAUACGGAUUGACCGAGAUACUGGUCCGAGUACAUGAAAAUGUGGGAAGAUCGGUAUGAAUAUAUACCUACUCGGGAACCAAUCAUCGUUCCGGAGUUAGCGUGCGUUCCAGAAUACAUGCCAUGGUUUAGGAUCCAUGGUAAGCCGUAUUUACUGAUGGCAGAGGAGAGGCAGUGGUAAAUACGUGUCGAAAGGGAAAGGCGCGGGCCUCUAAAUCCAAGACGACAAGACGACGAAGGUAGCCCCUCAACGAGGCCCAGACAUUCAUCUGGCUCAUCAUCAGCGGCCAUGCAAUCACCAGGCCCAACGAGAGUACCGACACAGUCACCCGACGCAGCAGUUCAACCGAUGAUACCCACCUAACCGCCUUUUCAGAUGAUGUCAGGUGCAUUUCCUAGCCCUUAUAUGUAUCAUAACCCUUAUAUGUAUCCUUUUUCGAGUCCUAUGGCAGGUUAGAGUCAAAUGUCCGGUUCAGCUUCAUUUCCUGUUAUGUCGAGUUGACUAGGCCAGUGGCGUACGAAGGAUCUCAAGUGGGGCUGUCGGGGAGCUCUCCUUUUUACCAAUCCCCACCAACGUAUGGGUUUCAAACACCAUUGCUGUUUGUGAUGCAAAUACCUCCACAUACACUAUUCUUUGAAGGUGGAUCAUCGUCCCAAGUUUGACAACUAGAUACCGUACCGGAAGAACCAGAAUUCCCGCCGGAGGAACAACUACCGCCGGAAGCUAGAGAAAUGAGGAAUCCAGUGCAUAAUCGUCGACGGCCACCAUGUGGCACUGAAUCCCCCGGGCAUAGACAUUGAUUGCCGUAUUUAAAUUUAUUUGUACAAAUAUUUUGAAUAUUUUGAUAUUAUUUUAUGUAAUAAAAUAAAAAAAAUUUGAGUUAUUUUGAUAUUAUUUGAUGUAAUAAAAUAGAAGUUUAUUUGAUGUAAUAAAAUAGAAAUUUUUGAGUUAUUUUGAUA